AUGACCGAGACACUGUCCACGACUGCCAACCAUCAGCGUCUCGAGGAGAUGCUGAUACACCUGACGCCACACGGUGCCAAAGUUCCAUACAGUGUGUGCGUGGACAGUCAGGGGCACAUAUGGGUGGCUGCAAAAGGAGGACUGUUCAAGUUUGAUCGAUCCGCAAAUGUCUUAUUCCAAGAAAAGAACGAGUUCUCGAAGAAAGCCUCCCCGUUUUGCCAGGUUUUGCACUAUCAGGGAAAGUGUAGUCGAGCCAGAAGAGGAUGCUUUUGUUUUGCGCCAGCCGAACUUUAUUUCCAGAUAAUCUCAGCAUUUGCCGAGGAGUAUUCAGCACUGACUCAGCUCAAAAUUAUGGAUUUGUCUGGCCAAGUGAUCUCCGAGCAAUUUAUCGAUGGAAAAAUCCAAAGCCUGGCAGUAUCGGAUAGCGGCGAGCUUUUUCUCACCAAGCGGCUGCAAGGCGAUGAAGAUUCGGUCAUUUUUAAGUAA